AGCUCUCUUGACUGACUGAAAAUGUUCCGCUGUUUUGCUUGUAAAGCGGUACAUUUAACAAUUAAUGACCUCAUUCGUCAUCUAAAACUCAUUCAUGCUUAUUAUCCUGGGAAAAAAUUGAACUUGAAAUGUGCACAGAACAAUUGCAAGCAUAGCUUCAUGACUUAUGCCGGAUUUCGAAAACACUUGAGUAGUGUUCAUAGACAUGAAUUUCUAGACCAAGCAGAGACUGAAAAUCAGACUGAAGAUACUGAACCGUCACAAUUAAAUAAUCAUAAUGAACAACAACCUGAGACACCACUCGGUGAUAAAAGGAGGGUGAUUGACACUCAAGAAAUGUGUGCAUCUAUUGUUGCUAGAUUGCAAAAUAGUGGAGUAGCAACCAGUGUUGUAACUUCUGUAAUAUCGGACAUGGAGGAACUGGUCCAUGAAAUACAUUCUGAUAUUAAAAGUAAAGUAAUGAAUUUACUUCCAGCAAAGGAUUUUGCAACACCAUCCCAGGUAGAUGACUGUUUUAGUAGUCUGAAUAAUCCAUUUACAAAUCUAAACACAGAACACAAAUGGAAAAAAUAUUUCAAAGACAAAUGGGCUGUCGUCGAUCCUACUGAGAUAAAGCUAGGUGUACGAUUUGACAGUAGAUUGAAUCGAGUGACGAGGACUUAUGAUCAAGUUCCUGUAAUCGACAAGUUCAUUUACAUUCCCCUUUUGAACACAUUGCAGUUUAUAUUUAGGAAUUCGGAUAUAUGUAAACAUAUGACAAGUCCAAGUGCGAGUACAUCUGUCUAUAAAGAUUUUUGUGAUGGGGAUUAUUUUAAAAACCACCCACUUUACAGUAAACAUAAAAAUGCACUUCAGAUACAGUUAUACUAUGAUGAUUUUGAAUCUGCUAAUCCGCUGGGCUCGAAGCAAGGCAUUCAUAAAAUUGGAGUAAUUUACUUUAUUCUCAGGAACUUUCCACCCAAAAUGAAUUCAAGCUUAAUGAACAUACAUUUAUUGUCAUUAUUCUAUGCACAGGAUAUUAAAAACUAUGGAUUUGAUGCAAUUUUGCGGCCCCUUGUUGAAGAUUUAAAAGUCCUUGAAAGUUCUGGCAUUCCAGUUCCUUUCUCCAAAGAUCCCUUGUUUGGCACUAUUGCACAGGUUACUGGCGACAACUUGGGAAUGCACACAAUUCUUGGUUUUAUGGAAUCUUUUAGUGCCCUUUACUUUUGUCGGUUCUGUUUAGUAGACAAAAAAACAUCUCAGUCUGUUUUCAGUGAAGACGACACUAAUAUUACAUUAAGAAACAAAGCGUUACAAGAACAGCACUAUGCAGAUUUGGUAGCUGACCCUAGCAUUACUUCAUCUUUUGGGGUUAAGCGUACUUGUCUAUUUAAUGACUUAAAAUACUUUCAUAUUUGUGACAACUACUCCCCUGAUAUAAUGCACGACAUCCUCGAGGGUGUUGGUCAGUAUGAAAUGAAGUUACUUCUUGAAUAUCUUUCUGGCAUUAUACCAAGACAAGACGUAUGUAACAGAAUCUAUUCUUUCAAUUAUGGCUUUCUUGAAAGAAAAAACCGACCCACUAGAUUAAAUCUAGACAUUCUGUUUAAUACGGAACAUUCCUCUGAUAUUUGGAGACCUCAUUGAAGAGGAAAAUAAUUACUGGCGUUUAUUACUAUUGUUGUUACAGAUCAUCAACAUAGUGUUUUCUCCUGUGAUAACAGAAGGCAUGACCUACUAUCUGAAACAUCUAAUUUUAGAACAUCAUAGUCUUUUUAAAGAGCUAUAUCCACAAAAGUCUUUGAUUCCCAAGCAUCAUUUUAUGCUACAUUAUCCACAUUGUAUACGCAAAAUUGGUCCAUUAGUACAUGUAUGGUCGAUGCGUUGUGAAGCGAAACACAAGUUUUUUAAAAACAGCAUAAAAAAUUUUAAAAACCUCACCAAGUCUUUUGCUAUAAAACACCAAUAUGCAAUUGCGUAUCAUUGGGAAAGUUUACCCGUUAAAAAUGUUGAAUAUGGACCUUUAAAAACUCUAGACCUUGAUGAUUUGCCAUAUCGUGACAUUAUUCUUAAAAUGUAUCCACAUUUUUUGGACCGUGAGAUCACAGUAACUUCAUGGCUGAAAUAUUCAGGAACGGAAUAUCGUCAUGAUCUACUGGUGUUCAGUAAAAUGGAGAAGGACUUACCAAUUUUCAGUAAAAUAUGUGAAAUUAUUUUCAUAGAGGACCAAAACCUUUUGGUAACUAAAGACUUUGAAACACUUGGAUUUGUUGAGCAUCUUCAUGCAUACCAUGUAAGAGAAAAUAACACUUUUGGUUUGUCAAGAGUUGAGGAUCUUCCUUUUUUCAGACCAUUUGACUUACAGGCAUCAUAUGGAUUUGAAGAACCAUAUUUGUAUAUUGUUCCAGUGCAUUGUUUUGUGCACGAAAAUAUUUAAUUAGCUUGCACUAAUUUCUGAUUGUUUAGCACAUAAGCUGAAUGUAUUUACAGAUUUUAUAUUGAAGUCAGAAUUGUGAGUUUUUAGCUUGUUCCUUUUUUUGUGGCAGAAAUGAGCUUAGUUGCUUCUAUGGGCACUUUCAUGUUUGCACUUUAUGAAAUAAGUAUAUGUUGUUUCAGGUAACCUCAGGUUUAUGAGUUUUCUACGAGUUACAAAACAACAAGUUAUAUGAUUUCUAUGAGUUACAAAAAACGAGUUAUGAUAUUUCUAUGAGUUACAAAAUGAGUUAUAUGAUAUUUCUAUGACUUGCAAAACAAGGAGUUUUUAAACAAUGGUCUUUUUUAUUGCGCAUGUGUUAAUUCUAUUUUCUUGCACUUGUGGAAACAGAUUUUCUAAAGUUUGUUAAAAAAAAUUGAAAUAUGUCGUUGCAUUUUUAAAUGCAGAGUUGAAUGUAUUGAAAAUAUUUCUAAAGUUUAAUGAACAUUUAAUAAACAAUUUUCAACAUA